UCCGCAGCAUAUAUUCAUCAUGGAUUUACAUUUUGUUCUCCUGGUCGUGUGCUGGUCGUCCACAGCAAGUUGCACAGUGACCUCACCUGAGUGGUUCAGCAACAUUUCCACAGACCUUUUCAGUUCGUCUGGGAACAUAAAAUUUGGAGGACUCUUCCCUAUCAAUGAGCAAACCAACAACCUUAGCCUGAUUACGGAGCCAAACAGCAUCAAAUGUGAAAGCAUAUCAGCUGUGAUUGGUCCACUAACCUCGGAAAUGGUGUCAGUCACUGGAAAACUCCUGGGAUUCUUCUUAAUGCCACAGAUUAGCUAUGGUGCGACCAGUGACAAGUUCAGUGACACCCAUGUCUACCCGUCAUUCUUCCGCACAGUACCCAGCGACAAAUGGCAAGUAGAUGCCAUUGCACGUCUCAUGAAUGAGUUUGAAUGGAUGUGGGUUGCAGUGGUAGGCAGCGAGGAAGAGUACGGACAACGAGGCGUGCAGCAGUUCUCCAAAAUGGCAGAGAACAUGUCUGUCUGUGUGGCCUAUCAGGGUCUGAUCCCCGUGUACACUGACCCUGCACCAGCAGUCAGGACCAUCAUUACCAACAUCAGAGCAACUGAGGCCAAAGUGGUGGUGGUGUUUGCACUCUCAAACGCCGCUGAAUUCUUUUUCAGAGAGGUUAGUGUGGCGAACAGUCAAAGCACUUCUGCUGUUGUCAAGAGCAUUGAAGCAGACACACUCACCAUACUGCCUUUCUUCCAGGUUAUAAAGAGUAAUUUAACAGGCAUAUGGAUAGCCAGCACAAGCUGGUCUGUCAGCAAUCGAAUCACUUCCCUCCCCAACAUCCACACAGUUGGCACAAUCAUUGGAUUCAUCGACAGGACGAACACCCUGCCUCUGUUCUCCAACUAUACGCUCAAGCUCCUCCGAAAACUGAGUGAGGAGAAGAGAGACACAUCCCCGCCAGUUCAAAAGCCCGGCGACCCCUUCUACCCCUGCCCAGAGUGCUGGAGCUUGUCACCUGAUAACUUCAGCCUGGUGACUGACGCGGCGGUUGAGAGGGCAGCUUUUGGUGUCUACGCUGCCGUCUACAGCGCAGCACAGGCACUGCACAACCUCCUCGAUUGCAGUUCAGUUGCUUGUAAGUGGGGGCCCAACACCAAAGUCUAUCCCUGGAAGCUGUUGGAGGUUUUAAGAAAUACCUCAGUUGAAGUGAGCGGCCAAAAAAUAGAGUUUGAUGAAAACGGCAACCCAAACAUAGGUUACAGUGUGUUUCAGUGGCUGUGGACAAGCCCAAAUAUUGAGUUUAAAAAUGUUGGGCACUACUAUCAAGAAAAUCUGACUGUGGACAAAACCCUUUUUGAAUGGCACACUAACACCACAGAGGCUCCUAACUCUACCUGUUCAAUGGCAUGUGCGAAAGGCCAAGUCCGCAGAGUCAAAGGCUUUCAUUCCUGCUGUUAUGACUGUAUAGACUGUUUGGCAGGCACUUACCAGGCAAACGAUGACGACAUCCAGUGUGAAGAGUGCCCUGAGCGGCAGUGGUCCGAGCACCGCAGCACUAAAUGCACUGACCCUGUUUAUGACUAUUUAACGUGGGACACACCUGAGGCCCUAUACAUGAUGCUGGCAGGGAUUGCACUGCUGAUAUGUCAAGGCUCAGUCGGUGUGAUGUUCUUCAUGUACCGAGGGACCCCAAUGGUGAUGGCUUCAGGGGGUGCCCUGAGUUUUGUGGCUCUUCUCAGCCUCAUGGGAGCUUGUUUAAGCCUGCUACUGUUCCUGGGACAGCCGGGGGAUGUUGUGUGUCGUCUUCAACUGCCCUUGAUCUCCAUCUUCCAAACACUUGCCAUAUCCAUUAUUAUGUCCAUCUCAUUGCAGAUUUUCUUUGUGACCGAGUUCUCAAAAAUUGCUGCUUCUUACCUGCCCACGCUGAGAGGUCCUGGAAGCUGGUUGGUGGUGCUCAUCUGCUGCGCAGUGCAGGCAGGUCUCUGCGGCUGGUUCGUUCAAGAAGGACCCUCUCUGACCAAACAUAUAGCAAACAUUGAAAUAAACUUUGUGAGGGCAUUUCUGUCAUGUCCAAUAUCUUCAGAUAAACUGGCUUUAAUGCAAGGUUUAAAUGGUGCAAUGGCUCUUGUAUCGUUCAUGUGCACAUUCAUGGCUGUUAAGCCUCUUCAUCAGUACAACCUUGCAAGGGACAUCACCUUUUCCACCCUGAUUUACUGUGUGAUUUGGGUGAUUUUUAUUCCAAUCUACACAGGCUUGACAGCUUCUGUUUCCACUGGGUCAAAGAACGUGACAAUGGUGCAUGUUUAUUUUACUAUGGCAGGAAACUUAGGACUGGUGGUUGGUUACUACUUCCCAAAGUGCUACUUGCUUGUUAGAAGAUCAGAAUUCAACACGGCAGAGCACUUUUGUACCUUCCUAGAGGGUGUCCCACCUACCCCACCUGAGGAGGAGCCACAGCCAGCACCUCAGGCAGACAAAUAAAUGGCCUUCCUCACAACAAAAUGUAAUGACUUCUCUUGUCCAUGAAGAGACUGAGAUGCAUAUUUAAGAGACUAUUUUCCUUUGCCUGAUUCAUAUGACGUUUGAAUGUUGGUGUAUUUCAUAACUUAGAACCUAAUAAAACAAAAUAGCUACUGUUUCAUUAUAAAUGUGUUAGUUUUAUUGCACAUUACAGUCAUGUAAAUCUUUUCAUAGCAAAAAGCAUAUUGUAGAGAAGCACUGUAACAGCAGAAUGUCGUGUAUACUUUCAAAACAGUGCAGUUGGUACAUGUAGUUCGAUGGGUAAAACAACCCAAGGAUGUUGUUUUUGUGUGUUGCUUAGAAUGUGAUCAAUAUCUACAAUUUAAAUAAAAAUCAAAGGUACUG